AGAAAACAUUGCAAAAAUUUAAAAAACUUGUUCAUAUAUAUAUUUCUGUUAGCGAUUAGAUUGGAAUACAGUAGCAUUAUCCGGUGCAACUUGUGUUGAACGUGUUUACGCGUGCGAUAGUAGUAACGAUACUUUAGUUAUUCUGUUUUGUGCAUCACUAGACUUUCCACUCUUCUCCUCUCUGAACAUUAUCUUUUGUGUCGCGUAAAAUAUUAAGGAAAACAGUGAAAAUCUUUACGAAGCAACCUAAAAAAAGCUUAUAACACACGUUUCAAUGUGUCGGAAAAUGCAGGCGACGCAGCACUAAGCGCUCGUUCUCCGAGUUUUCAAUUAUUGUGAACAAAACGUAGGUCUACUUAUAUUUAUGUACAAUAACAACUGAAGAAAACAACAGCAACAAGAAACAGUAUGUACAACGGCGCACGGGGCUUCUCCAUACACGACGCAUUCGAGGAAGAGGAAGAGGAGGCGAUACGUGUCUAUGGCUCCACAGUGAUAUCUACGCCAAUGCGCGGCGGUGUUAGCGGCAGUGCCAAACAAGGUCGCUCCACCGAAGAUGUAUCCAUACGUAUACAGGAUCCAAAGGGCUACAGUAAGUAUGCCGAAGAUACAACGUCGCGGGACAGUGAUUCGCUAAUACAGGAAUAUGGCAAUCUGCCCACUGAGGAGACGAACACAUAUUGCUGGCGGCAUCCGAAGGUGCGCGAAAAUUGGCGCACUGUCCUAGCUGCCUUUACGCUGCUCGUUGUGGGCACUGGGCUAUUUGUAAUGGGCACCUUUGCUAUCGCUGAUCCACACAAUACAUCACAGGGUGUUGUAUUUUUUGUUGCUGGACUCAUUUGCUUUAUACCAGGCGCCUAUCACGUUGUCUAUAUAUGGCUGGCGGCCAAAGGAUAUCGAGGGUUUGACUUUUAUCACUUGCCUCUUUUUACAUAAGCGAUAGAAGAUCAGAAUCUUAAAUGUAAUGGUUGAUCCAAUUUGAAUCAGCAGAACGCCCUCCCCAUACUCCCUCUAUAUAUGUAUUUAUAUAAACAACUUAUUUUAUAUUUAUGUAAUUAACUCAAUAUUUCUUAUGUGUAUGAAAUAGAACUUGCAACAGAUAAAUCCUACUAAAUAUCUCCAUAAAAAUCCCAAAAUCGAAUUCUAGCUUUAAUGUAUGUAUUUUUUUAAAAAGAAAGAUAUGCUUAAAAUACAAUGUUUGGUAUACCCAUAAAGUGUAAAAGAUACGUAUAAAAAACACUAACAUACACACACAUUAUUAUUAUUUAAAAUAUAAUGAAAAACGAAAGACUUUGUGUAUGAUGGUAAAUGUUGAGCCCGACUUAGUGUUAAAAAAACAACUGUGUAAGCUGUACUUUUAUUGAAAUUUAAUUGCACCAAAAAUAACAAACUAAAUCGAAGCUGCGCCGACCGCGCAAAAAAGCUAA